UGGAGGAGAGACUACUAUCACUACACGUAGCAGCAGUAGACCCGUUAGCCCGCGGCUGAGUAGAGAGUUUACGUUCGUUCUCCUAUGGAGCUAUUGGUAACUCCACGGUUCUCCAAUCACUGGCCCAGCCAGUACAUUUAGGUGGAAGACGAUGCGUACAUAGUGCAGGUCGGUGAUGUGGAAGUUGAAAGUCAUUCUCCUCGAUAAAAGCCCUUCGCUUGAUCGCAGUCGUGUUAGCGUAGAGCAAGGCGUCACAUGCACAAAAAGUCGGCCAGCCGAGAAGCGUUUAAAACCUCAGCUUCAAUAUUUUGGAGUUUAAUUUCCCGAGGGGCAUCCGAGUGUAGGAGCAGGGUUGGGCCGGACUCUGUAGUCAUAAGAGAAGAAUCGGUACAUUGCUGCGUAUUUUCUUUUUUGGCCAUGCUGUCUGGUCUGAGACGUCAUUAAUCAGAGGGAUUUGGUCGCAGAUAUAACCAACCCGGGGGGUGGUCCGACCUUACUGAUGCUUUGAGGUAUCCAUCGGGCCGUGUCUGGCCAGUCUAGUGUCAUGUCCAGCCGCUCUGCAGUCUGCGAGGACACUGUGGUGGCCAACUGCUGCGCACCGCGCCUGGUCCGCUGGCUACGAGGCUCGCUGCCGGUGCUGCUGUGGACCGGGUACCUCCUGAUAGGUGCGGCCAUCUUCCAGGCUGUCGAGCACCCAGAGGCCGAGCUGCGCCGGGAGAUACAGGCCAACCUGACGGAGACCACCAAUCGUUCCAUCAUCCGGCUUUUCAAGGAUCUCCUGGACAAUAAGACAGACACCAUGAACUCCACCGACAAGGAGAGGAUGCUGACUGAUCUGCUGACGAUUCUGAAGAUAAGGUCCUAUGACAACACGGAAAACCUAACCCACUGGGACUUUGUGAACUCUGCGCUCUUCUGCAUGACAGUGGUAUCAACUAUUGGUUAUGGGUACUUGUCACCUCAGACACAGCUGGGAAGAGGUCUGUGCAUCCUUUACGCUCUCGUCGGUAUUCCACUGAAUAUCAUCGUCAUGGCAUCGGCUGGUAAGGCUUUAGCGCGGGGUAGUCGGUCCGCCAAUGGCUGGCUGAAACGAGCCUUCGGCAGGUGCGCUUUCUGGAGGAAGAAGGUGGGGCCCCAGACGGGCGGCUCGAUCCCGCCUAGGACCCAGUCGAAGGGGGAAGGGGAAAGAAGCUCAAGGGGCCGCACGCACCUACGCACUCUGUCAUACAGCAGUGAGUUCACAGACUGGGGUCAUCGGGACUUGUCGUCGUCGACCGUAGAACCGGCCAGGACGCACCGGGACGGUGAAGGGGACGAUGGUCGGUCCUGCACGGCACCUACAGACGUCGACGCCUCGGCUGACGCCCUACAUGAAGAGGACUCCCCGGCCUGGGUGUUUGUGUUCCUGGUACUGUUGUACACCUGUGUGUUCGCGGUCCUCAUGAAACUCAGCCAACCGACUUGGACCGUGCUGGACGGGUUCUACUUCAUCAUCAUCACCAUCACCACCAUCGGAUUUGGGGACCUGGUCACCACGAGAAAUGACCCGGACGUGAAUCAGCUAAGCUACUACUUCGUCGGCUGUCUGUCCAUCGUCAUUCCCGUCCUAGGGAUGAUCUUGCUGUCGGCGGGCAUCUCCAUCGUCAUCAGCCAGUUUGGCAAGAAGACCAAGGAGAUCAAGCAGGUGCUCUGUGGUAGCUCCAAAACACAGAGAUAAAUUACUCGAAGUAGCGGUCGCUGCCUGACUGUACACUCAACCACACCCGGGAAACAAGUCCAAUAUGCAGAACCAUGUGGAAGGAAAAUCGCCCUCCCGGAUCUUUCUGGAGCCCAUAAAACACAAGUGUUUUUGGAGCUCUUCUGAGCUUUCUUAUGAAAUAUUCUCGGAAAAAAAACCUGCCCCAGUCUCUUAGAAACAAACUCUCCAGAGUAAGAGGGAUCGUUAUGACAGUAAGAAAACAAAACAUAAGAAAGGAGUACGCACUGUCUUGUUUGACAAUAUUGCGGGAUGUCAAACUGAAAAGUCAUCAACGGUAGACCAGACAGAGAGGCGAUUUAUAAGCGGUAUCAAUCAUUUCACCGGCUCGCAGCCCGGUGAGCAAGUAUACGACUUGACCGUUGCGGGCAAGACUCACCAGGGGAGUCAAGACAUUAUCUCCCCACGCUAUAACUUCCAUUGGCCGUGACUAAUGGCAGUUCGCCGAGGCUUUGUAAUAAAAACAAGAAAAUUGACAUUUUAAAGGGGCUUCUGAAUAUGGAAAGUUCGCCUUAGAUAGGGAUGCAAGGGUCGUCGAGCUGCAGAGCCCUGCAAAACCUGCGGCAAAGUGCUUCUUAAUCUUGUAUAGAUCAUAACUAUUUUGAACUCUAACGAAACCGUCAGGAAUACUUUGGAAAUACAAGGAUGUUCCUUUAUCUUUUUGAGAAAUUGCGUCAUGUAGAACAUGUGUUAUCAAAAUUCAUUCAUGAAAUUGCUGUAAAUAAUCAAAAUGGUUCCACUUUUUGAUCUAUGUUUCCGAUAGUAUUUGUUCUUGUUUGAACUGUCACCCAGACGUCACUGUACUCAAGUGCUAAAAGUAGAUUCCAAGGGAGAUGCCUAUCCUAUAUAGAUGAACUGGAAGACCGAUGUGCUCACAUUAAGCCCGAGCGUAAUGAGCUGUUGAUACUCUGCGGUGUUUGGGCGGGAAAUGUGGAACCAAAAUGUUGACAUUUUUGAGGCUUUUGAGACUCUGACGUUACACAAUGUACAUAAAUACAUAUUUUAAUGUAUAUUAAAAGGUUGUGACUAUUUCCAUUUUGCUCAGUUUCAGUCAUAAAGAUUGUACACAAAUUUCAUUAA